GGGGAACAUAAAUGGAGCUCUCCACGCCGUGAUGAAGAAUCCUCCAAUCAACACCAAGAACCAGAACGCCAAGGAGAGGGCGGAGCUGCUGGUGGUCAGAGUGCUGAGCAGUUUUAAGAGCAGUGAUAUAGAGAAGGCAGUGGGCUCUCUGGAUAAAGCUGGAGUGGACCUGCUGAUGAAAUACAUCUACAGAGGCUUUGAGAAACCCUCUGACAACAGCAGUGCCGUGCUGCUGCAGUGGCACGAAAAGGCUCUGGCGGUGGGAGGAGUGGGCUCUAUAGUGAGAGUCCUGACUGCCAGGAAGACUGUCUGACGGUCCAUCUGUCAGCAGACGUUAGUCAAACCCAAGAGACCAUGGGAGCUGAGCACAGGGACAGGCCUCUCCUCUUUCUGUUCUUGGACAUGAUUCCCAUUUUUAUACUGAAGCCGAGCAUCUUCCUGAUGCACCUCUUUCCUCAGUUUUUUUUCUUGUUUCUGCAUUCACUACGUUCAGUCACACCUCUGGGAUUUAGAAGUGCUGGCAGCGAGGCAGGGGAGGCGCUGGCACCUCUAACUGCGUCUGCCAGCCACGCAGAGAACAGGCACAUUUCAGAUGCUUCACUCGGACACAUUCUGUCCAAAACGGCUCCUUUCAAACUGCUUCACAGCUGCUCUGACGCCUCUCCCUCUCUACUCUGCUCCUUUCUUCCUCCCUUCUUCUUCUGCUCUGAAGCUCUGAGGUUGAGGAAAUGGGAGAGAUUGUUUUUGGAAGGAGCCACAUAGACUGUUUCCCUGCCUUUUGCAUGCUGGGAUUGGAGUGUUUUUUUUCCCUUAAUCAUUCUAACUUUGUUCAUUUUCUAUUUUUUUUCUACUCACACCGUUGUUGGAUUGUGUGGAACCUGGCUUUCAGGUUAUAGUGCUUGUUUUUUUAUAUCUGAAAUAAAGAGAAAUAAAGCGCCGUGAAUAUCCA